UAAAACUUGCGAUUGUUCAUAGAAAAACAGUUAUUCCAUGUCGUUAAAACCACCAACAAUGUGGACAACAGUGUUUUUAGGAAUUGUUGCUGUCUUAUCAAGCAGUGUACGAGGGCAAUUACCAAAUCUACUAGGAAGCGAAAAUUUUGAAAGAUCACUCGAAGAAUCUUAUAGUGAAGAAAAUGAGUUAUAUCCAGAGAUGCACUAUGAUGAUGACGUUUGGCUUGAACUAGAAUACAAAGUGCUUCAGCUUCUAAACAGUGAUGAUUAUGAAAGCGAUGAAAAAUCCGAAGACGUUCGAGGCAUUCCCACGAGCCAUAAGGCAGUGAGCUGUCUCGAAAAACUGGAUGGUCCCUUUUACACAAUCGAAAGUACUUCGUCAGAUGAACAUAUUUAUCCUGCUAGAUAUUUUAACAUAUCGUGUGUACGGAAUAAUGAUGCAGCACAACAUCACGGACACCAUAAAAAAUUGCCCGUUAAAUGCGCAGCUGGUAAACAUGACUGUGUUACCACAAUCAAAGAAGUUCCAGUAUUUAGAAAACAGCUUAAGAGUUACAAUAAAAAUUGUUGGAAACCUGAAAAGUUAAUUCCCGUAGAAACUGGAUGCAAGUGUAAUAAUUACAAAUAGAACAUUUUGGACGAAUUUUUGUUAACCUACAAUGUUUUGAGAACGACUUUUCAUUGUACUUGAAGUAUUGAAAUAUUUGAAAUAAAAUGUUAAUGCUAAACAA